AUGAAUAUAAUAUAUCGUAAACUUUGCAACGAGUUGCCCGAAUAUAUGGGGGAAAUAAGAGCACCGGCGGUGAACUAUGGUAUAGUGGGGGCAACACUCACAUCGUUGGCCACCAUAUAUAACAAGUCGUUGGAAGAGAUCAUGAUCAUUGUGACCAUAAGGACCGCAACCUAUGUUAUCGGAGCCUUAAUUAAUGCUUAA